AUGAUAUGUCCGAAUAUGGUAAGAGGGAUUGACCAUUUAAGAGAUCCUCGUUUGAAUAAGGGUUUAGCUUUCACUUUAGCAGAAAGACAAGCUCUGGGAAUUCAGGGUCUUCUCGCAGCCGAUUAUAAAACACAGGAAGAACAGUUGAAUAUUUGUCGUAUAUCAUUGGAUAGAUAUAAGGACAGCUUAAACAAAUAUCUUUAUUUGGUUGAGUUACAGGAUACAAAUGAGAAAAUAUUUUUUAGUCUACUCGCUCAAAAUAUAGAAAAAUAUUUGCCUAUUGUUUACACUCCUACCGUGGGACUGGCUUGUCAACGUUUCGGCCUUAUUUAUAGAAGGCCGCGAGGUCUAUUUGUAACGAUUUAUGAUAAAGGGCACGUAUUGAAUAUUUUAAACAACUGGCCUGAACAUGAUGUGAGAGCAAUAGUAUUUACAGACGGCGAACGAAUAUUAGGCUUAGGAGAUUUAGGGGCUUACGGCAUGGGUAUACCAGUCGGGAAAUUGGCUCUAUAUACCGCUCUAGGCGGUAUUAAGCCGCAUCAAUGUUUGCCUAUCACUUUGGAUGUUGGAACUGACAAUCAGGACCUCUUAGAAGAUCCGCUUUAUAUAGGACUUCGACAAAAAAGAGUGCGCGGCAAAGAGUAUGACGACUUUAUAGAUGAAUUCAUGAAAGCGGCAAUCGAGAGAUUUGGUCCGAAUACGCUUUUACAGGCGGCUACAGGCAUAGCCAAUUUAAUAGUAGCAGCUAUGGUCGAAGAUGGUAUGAAAAAGGAAGAAGCACAAAAUCUAAUAUACAUGUUCGACGUAGAAGGGCUUUUAUCGAAACGACGAAAAAAUGGUCUUCCUGGUCACGCGAAACAGUUUGGAAAAGAUAUUGAACCGGAGACAAAUUUUGAGAAAUGUGUAGCAACUAUUAAGCCCACCUGUCUUAUAGGUUGUUCAACUGUUGGGGGCGCAUUUACCGAAACAAUCUUGAAACAAAUGGCUAUUAAUGCUGAAAGGCCUGUAAUAUUUGCUCUUUCGAACCCUACAAGCAAAGCUGAAUGUACUGCGCAAGCUGCUUACGAUCAUACACAGGGUAAAUGUGUAUUCGCGUCAGGCUCUCCUUUCCCACCCGUCAAGUAUAAAGAUAAGGAAUAUAGAACGGGGCAAGGAAACAACUCGUAUAUAUUCCCCGGCAUAGCGCUCGGUGUGAUCGUGUCCCGAUCUCGGCGUAUCACUGAGAGCAUGUUUUUGACUGCCGCUACGACGUUGGCAAACUUUGUGAGCGAAGAGGAUUUGGCGCUCGGCCGAAUUUAUCCACCGCUCAGUGAUGUCAGGAACGUAUCGCUUAACAUUGCCAUCGAAGUCGCCAAGUUGGCGUAUACAAAAGAUUUUGCAACAGCAUAUCCCAAGCCUAAAGACUUUAAAACCUACAUCCAAGAACAUACAUACAAUCUCAAGUACGAUUCGUAUAUUCCAAAAUUCUUCAAGUAUCCCAAAGCACCAGAUAUUAAAGUGAAAACAAUUGAAGAAGUAUACAAAGGAGUUGUG